UUGUUAUCAGGACUUUAACUGGUGAUGAAGAUGUUGCUGCCACUCCUGCUCCUCGUACUCGUUUCCCAGCAUGCCCUGGCUCCGGUGGUGGAGGUGUAUGAGGGGGAAAAAUCUAUCCUGUUGCCUUGCAAGUACUCAGGUUUUAUACCUGAGGAAAAUCCCACAGUGCUGUGGACUCGCAAUGAUCUCAACCCCAAAUCUGUCCACCUACGACGAGAGGAAACAGAUGAUCUGAAAGGGCAAAACCAGCAUUACAGAGGGCGCACAUCAAUGAGGCCUGAUGCUCUGGACAGUUCAGACUUCAGCCUCACUCUGAGAAAACCCCAAAUGACUGAUAGUGGCAACUACACCUGCUCCAUCGGAAAUGAAAGACAGGAACGGAAACUGACAGACAUACAGCUGCAUGUCAAAG